AAAAAAAACGGUCUCCGUUUUCUGAUCUGAAUCGGAGCCGGAACUCCCAGACGACGAUCGGAAAUGUCGAGGAACAUAGCAGAAGAGCUUAGUGAAGACGAAAAGAAGGCCUUACGAGGCAGCAAGUUCGCACCUCUCCCAUCUCUACCUCCUCCUCGAUCCCAACCCAGGCUGGCUCAUCCAGGGGGUCCGUUGACGACGAACAAGGCGGCGGCUUUGGCCAAGUUUCUGGAGCGAAAGCUGCAGGAUCCGAAUGGAUUGGACUCCAUCAAUCCACAGCUAGUUGAGAAAGCUGUUCAGAAUGCGAAACGCACCGUUUUUGCAAGUGCGGCUUCUAAUUCUCAGGGGAGAAUACGACAUGUCAGCUCUUUUGGUGAAUCUGUGGAUGAGGACCCUCUUGAGCAAGAAGAGGGAAAUGUGGGGAACUGUGAGACCAAGAAGAAGAAAAAGAAUAGGAAGAAGAAGAAGAACAAGCAAAAGGUUGCUAGUGAGAAAUGUGCCGUUGAUGGGUAAUGGAGGGGGGGGGGGGUGCUGUGGUCGUGAAGCCGAAAAAUAAGAAGUUAAAAUUGUGAUUGGAAGAGAUUGUGAUAUACAUUCGGUGCAUGGAACGGGAUAGUGGCUUCAGAAAGGUAGUUGUGGAAGAAGUUUGGAGUUGAUGGCUUGUAUACCACAUCGUUAUUGCCAGUACAAGGUACACGAAUUCCAUAGGAUUGUUGUACACUUUAGACAUUAGAAUCAAGGGCAGCAGAGAAUACAAUCUCCAUUGAGACAUGAAUUUCUUUUGUUUCUCAUUUAGAUGGGUGAGGUGUGUUCCUCAUUGUUAUAGGUCAGUUAAUUUAAUUGAUCCCUGAGCAAUUGAUAAAUUUUUUGCAAGCGUUAAUUCUUAAUUGCAAUUUUCCUGUAUGCCUCACCACAGUUGCGUUCAUUUUCGAUUUGAGAUA